AUGGAUGUCAUCGUGGUGAAUGACCAAAAUUCUACAAAUUUCCAGGCUCGAAUUAUAGAAUACUACAACACCAACCAAAAUGGUGAGCAAACAAGAACUGGAAGGCAAUGCAAAGACCAUUGGAACAAGAUGAAUCAAAAGGUAGCGCAUUUCAAUGGGUGUUAUAAACAAGAACAACAAGAACAUCACAGUGGUUGGUCUGAUGAGAAAAUUCUUGAGAAUGCACAUCAAUUGUAUAAAUCUAAAAAUAGCAACUCAAAUUUUAUGCUUGUGGACUGUUGGAGAUUGCUAAAGGAUGAACCGAAAUGGAACACAAUGUACCAACCAAAAGGUGGUAAGAGAACAAAGGUGUCCGAAUCAGGGGCAUAUUCUUCAUCUUCUAAUGCAGACAUUAGUGAUGAUGAAGUAGGUGAAGUACGCCUACUAGCCAAAAGGCAGCAAAGAGAAAAGGGAAGAAAAAAAAGACAUGCAUACUACAUUUAUAGAGAUUAA